AUGUUUGUUUAUGAGGUAGAAUUUUCGUCUGUUAUACGAGGUCAUCAUGUUUACAAAGCGGCGUGGUCUCCAAUCAUAGGAGAGUCUCUGGCAUGCAGGAAAGAUGACCGUAAAGAAGCUAAAGAGCAAGAUGAAUACGCAGUUGGGACUUACCUUGAAGCUGAUAACAAACUUGUUGGACAUGUGCCGAUGGAACUUUCCUUCCUUAUAUUCACAUUUCUCAAAGCCCGCCAUGAGAACAAUGUACAGGUCAAAGUGACUGGAUCAAGGAGACUUACUUGUUGUCCCUGGAUCCUUUCUGGCCAGAACGACCAGAAGAGCAAUCGCCACAAAAUUUGA